UUUUUUUUUUUUGGCACAUCCCAGGAGAAAUAAACAGGAGGCGAAUCGAACAGUGUUUUAUUAUAUGGAAUGUGUUUAGUGUUGUACAGACACCCUUGGUAUCAUUGUUGGGUUUACUUUACAGCUGAUAUGCAGAAAAACCAGGUUUCUCUUAUGCAAAAGUUUUCAGAGGUAGACGUUCUCACCCAUCGCGCUCAUUUCCCCGUCAUUUCUUUCCUUUUGCGAUGCUCUGUUUCAGCUGGAAGCACGCGCCCGUGCGUACUCUCGAGCGAUCUUUGAUUUCCUCGCCGGACCGCUGCCCAUACAGACAGAGUCUCUACUAGUGUCUGCUGCUGUCUUCAUCGAGAUGUCAACAUUGAUUAACUUUAUGGCAGCAGAGACAGUGGCGGGACUUUGCCGUCCCUCUUCAGCGUGCGCGUAUUAAACCAGCGCGGCGUGUGUAAAAGUCCCGAUCCGCCGAGCCACGGCUGACAGGUUGCGUGUUGGCGGAAUUCGCCUUCUGUUUGGGUUCUUUCAAGGUUUUCGUCUGGCACAAAUCUGCGCUGCAUCGUGUCACCAUGGCAACAAGCUGGCAAGCGUGAAGUCUUUCAAGUUAGUGUAAACUUUUAAGGUCAGUCUGUCUCUCACGAUUUAGAUCCAACACGCAGAUUACAAGGUGCUUUUCUUUGAGAUCGCUCUGUCUGUCUACCGUUUCUCUCCUCUUUUUUUUUUUUUUUUUUUUAAUUUUGUGCAGCUGAUUAGAUUAGAUUUGCCCUCACUAGUAUUUAGUACAGGCAGUCAUGAUUUAUACCUAUUUGCCAUCGUGAUGUUGAUGAUCGACUUGUGUUGUAGUUGAACUCAGGUUUCAUCUUCUUUCUGGAGUGCCAGCAAUGCCCAUCUCUGCUAGAUGAGGCUUGUGAAGGCAAACAUAGCUGUCUCAUGAACCAGAACUUCUUACACCUUAAUCACGUUGGCACAUAAUUCACAAAUCCACCUUUUUGGCUUCAUCAAGGAACAGGGACUCUGCCAUAUUCUUGAUGAACAGGUGCUACGUUCGAGUUGCCGUGGUUUGACCCCGUGCAAGGCUCGGUUCUUUGUACUGUUAUGUAUCCGAUGUUUUUGUAAACCCCCCCCCCCCUUUCCUAUACACGGUGCACCUGUCAUGAAUGCUCACAAACUAAGGACACGAUUUGUGAUUUAUGAUCCUGUUUGAUUGAUUUAUUUAGCGCUUUUUUCGCCAUUGUCUCAAAGCAGCUUUAAAGAAGUUAAGAAUUAAAGUGGUAUAUGUGUAUAUGUAUUCUAUACGUGCGCCAAGUCCCGUCUCACACGUCAGGACCGCAUCAAUUUAUAUUCCGUGCCGUGUAUUUGUACAGGCGUCGGUGCAUUUAAUCAACUCCUCAGCCAGGUCCAUAAGCUCUUGCACUUAGCGGGCCUCUUUAGAGCUGCACUGAAAAGACACUAGAAGCUUAGUAACAAGCUCGUUCAACUUUAUUACACGCCACAGCAACACCAGAGCCCGAGAGCCGCGUAGUGUUGUCUCAAAUAUCACACGGCUGCAAGGUUCUGGGGCUUUGCACGUGGCUCUCGCCUUGCCGUCCGUCUUCACUUGUACUGACUUGUAACAAUUAUAUAAUCGAUAUCACUGAUUAUAGCUAUUGGUGCUCUGCUAAAACAAUCAGACUUACAAUCUAAAGCUUAUGGUUUCAGAAACAAUCUGACGCGGAUUUAUUGUCGUGCUGAUGCCUGACUCGUUUCUGUGUAAAUGGGAAAAGACUCGGAGGACCUGACAGUCUGAAGAGCAUGGAUAGGAAGUGUGGCUACUGUUACAGUCACCGAAAGUGCUUUUGAGGUUUUGGUAAUAUAUGCAGCGGACUUGGACUGUGCUUCGUGCUUGUAGGACUGUUCUGCCCGUACACACGGACACUGUUCGUAAUUUAUCCAAACAGUCGGCCAUUAUAGGCUGCUGUUUCUUAGCCAGAUGCUUCAUUAGUAUUUAUGUGACCCUGCUAUGUUCCGCGUGGGAUUCUUUUUUUUCUUCUUUUUUUUCCUCAGGAAACUGAUUUAUUAAGGCCCGCUGCAUUCGAUGGAAGCGUUCCCCGGGUGGGAGGUGUCAUUUAAGAUAAUAACCGCGCGAUUAAUUUUUCCACUCCGCCUCUAACGAGUCAUCUGGCCGAGAUCUCUUAGGGCCGAACUUCUUAUUAAGCCAAUCAAGUCUCAUUAUACUCACACCGACAGGCCGCUCGGUAGUCGGUACUUCGUGUUUCAGACGUUGGAAGGUGACAGUCUAUACACCUUGGCUCAUACAGAUGCGCAAAGUCACUAAUGGUGCUCUCGUUGCAUUACCUUUUAUAAUAGCCAUAUUUUGAUCUGAUUUCUAGGGCAUUGGUAGAACAGUUUCAGGGCUCUCGAAGAUCAGUUUACCUUUUUCUAAAUCGGUCAUCUUUCUAUGUCUAAAAAUUAUCUUCAACAGUUUAGCUAUGUAACUUGGGGCUUUGUUUUAGUCUCGGUCUAUGAGUAAUAGAAUUCGGGUUAUCGGCUAGCAGGAAACAGUCACUGAAAUCGAAUAUUAGACCGUUUCGCUGUACUUUUUAAACCAAAAAAAAAAAGGAAGGAAGGUCAGGUCAGGUCAUAGUGUCAGCCUGGAGAACGGGAAAGAAUACGUGGGCGGGGGGACGGGGGAGAGAGAGAUCAUCUGGAAGAAGCGAGCGAGCGUGAUCGAAAGGGAAAGGGAGAGGGAGCGAGAACAAGAGGAGGAGGAAAGGAAGAACGGUGCCCAGUGCACAGUCUGGAGGCUGAGGGAGGGAUUUCAGGAGAGGAGGGACAGGGAAGGGGAGCAGCCGAAGGGAAAGAGUACAGAAGGAGCUCGAGAAGCUCAGCCAGAAGUGAUCUGGAAGAGGCGGGAGGAAGAGGAGAGAGAGAGAGAGAGGAUACAGCUGGACGACAGUGGACCCAGAAUCAUUUGGAGGAAGAAGUAGAGAGAAUGAGAAGUAAGAAGGAAUAUAAGUGUCCGUGACUCGAAAGAGAACGGGAGGAGGUCAGCCGAGCGAACUCGAUCCAGACUAGAAUUGGUGCUUUCGAACCUUUUGUGUUCCUGAUCUAAUACUAUGUUAUAAAGUUUACAGUAUUCUUUUCUCACAAGGACUGAUUUCUAUCAUUUACGUUCUUAAGAAUUUCGAUCAAGACGAUUUGUUUAUAGUGCUAUUAACCAGGACAUGACAGGCGACAGACAGAAGCACUGAGAGGUUAUGUGCUUGGAUGUGGGCAAUUCUUCAACCAGGUUCGUCUCAAACUUGAGGACAUGAACCGGCUGGGUGGUGCGUCACGCAGGGCCCGUGUGGAAGGGGGCCAGCUCGGGGGCGACGAGUGGACGCGCCACGGCUCGUUUGUCAACAAGCCCACGCGAGGAUGGCUGCACUCGGACAACGUGGUCAGCACUACCGGAGUCAGCUACAUGGUUAGGUACAUGGGCUGCGUGGAGGUGCUGCAGUCAAUGAGGGCGCUGGACUUCAACACCAGAACUCAGGUUACCAGAGAGGCGAUCUCAGUGGUGUGUGAGGCAGUACCAGGUGCCAAAGGAGCUCAACGCAGGAGGAAGCCGACAUCUCGGUCUCUGAUCUCCAUCCUAGGAAAGAGUAACCUCCGCUUUGCUGGAAUGACAAUCAACCUCACGGUGUCGACGAACAGCUUAAACCUACUGACAACCGACUGCAAACAGAUUAUCGCCAACCAUCACAUGCAGUCCAUCUCUUUUGCAUCAGGAGGAGAUCCAGAUACCGCAGAAUAUGUAGCCUACGUAGCCAAAGACCCUGUCAAUCAGAGAGCGUGUCACAUCCUGGAGUGUUCUGAGGGCUUGGCGCAGGAAGUGAUAAGCACCAUCGGACAGGCGUUUGAGCUACGUUUCAAGCAGUAUCUGAAGAACCCCCCUAAACUCGUCACCCCACAUGACAGAAUGGCUCCUUUUGAUGGCUCAGCAUGGGAGGAGGAAGAAGAGGACUUUGCUCCUCCCAUAGACGUUCCAUACUAUAAUAAUUUUCCCGGGAAACAGCCACCCCCAGGAGGCCUCGUGGACAUGAGAACUCGCCCUGGACACAGCACAGGAGCUACAAUCCCCUAUGGCCAGCCUGGAAUAAAUGACAUCCAUAAGCAACCUCUGCCUCCACUACCAGUGGGAGCUAAAGACGGCGGUCUGUUUGACGACCCGUCAUAUGUCAAUGUCGAUAAGUCCCGCCCCCAAGCGGCCGCAGCUAACGGAAGUGCUCACAGAGACGCGUUCGACAUGAAGCCAUUUGAUGAUGCCCUCAGCGUGUCUGGCACAGUGCCCCCUAUGGCUCAGCAGCUACAGAGUGAACCCUGGUUUCAUGGACCCCUGAGCCGCAAGAAGGCCGAGAAGCUGCUGAGCAAAGACGGCGACUUUCUGGUGCGCGAGUCGAGUACCACGCCAGGCCAGUACGUGCUCACAGGCCAGCAGGGAGGCCAGCCCAAACACCUGCUGUUGGUGGACCCAGAGGGAGUGGUUCGUACCAAAGACCAUCGCUUCGAAAGCGUCAGUCACCUGAUCAGUUAUCACAUGGACAACCGGCUGCCGAUUGUAUCCGCAGGAAGUGAAGUGUGCCUGCAGCAACCAGUGGAACGCAGAGCCUAAGUGUCUGCCACAUACACUGUUCUUCUUCUGCCAUGGUGUCUCCUUCCUACUCGAACUCUUGUAAUUAGAUUUUUCUUUUUCUUCAGAGAUCGUCUCACGCUUUGUUUUUUGCAGAGAGGAUGAGCAACCAAAAAAAAAAAAGAAACGUGUGCUCUGUAUAUUCUCAGUCCAUUUUGAAGCUUCGAAGCGAUUGAUCAUUGGACUCGUGGACCAAGAGAAAUUUGCAGACGUCAGAUUAAGCUGUAAGGAUAAAUACAAGACUCCAGUGGGGGAAAAUUGAGCCAAAAAAGAAAAUCUGGAAAGACUCGUGUAUGGUGUGUGUGAUUUCAGAGUAACAUGUCUAAGCAUUCAGUGGAUGAGCUGAGCUCGGUAAAACUCAAAAGGUCAUGUGCUGCAGAAGAGAAGUGAAGGGAAUGAUUUGAAAGACUGGUAGUUUGGAUGCAUUUAUUGAUUGAUUCAUUCUCAGAGCACCGGUGUGUAAAACAUGAUCAUGCAGAAUCAUUAUGGACAGAUCUGACACAGCCAGGCACUGAUGCUGAUGUCACACGUGUCAUGGAGUGUGUGUGUGUAUAUAUAUUACAUUAGCGGGAACCACUUGAUUUGAUAGAUUUAUUUCAAUUAACACACUUUUCAGAAUAGUCAAGAUUUAAACAGGUAGACCAAUUCUAAGCUUGAAACCUGCCAUUCUGGUUUAUACUGGUUAUAAAUUCUUUUACCAUUUGGGAGUGUUUCAAGGCCACGUAUCCUAUAUGCAAAGAGAAAUAGAUGAUAUACUGUAGAUUAUAGAUAUAAUGAAGUAAAAAAAAAAAACAUUUACUUUCACUGAAAUGUUGACCCCAGCAAGGAUUGG